AUGGCUUCCAGACAAGCAGCAGGAGCCCGCCCGGGCGCAAGAUUUGCCCAGUUCAAACUCGUCCUUCUUGGAGAGUCCGCCGUCGGAAAGAGUUCGCUAGUCCUCAGAUUCGUUAAAGACCAAUUCGAUGAUUAUCGCGAGUCGACGAUCGGAGCCGCCUUCCUGACACAGACCAUCUCUCUCGAUGAUACCACCACAGUCAAGUUCGAAAUUUGGGAUACCGCUGGCCAGGAGCGGUAUAAGUCGUUGGCUCCAAUGUACUAUCGCAAUGCCAACUGCGCUGUGGUUGUCUAUGACAUCACUCAAGCUUCGUCGCUAGACAAAGCCAAAUCAUGGGUGAAAGAACUCCAGCGCCAAGCGAACGAGAACAUUGUGAUCGCCUUGGCAGGCAACAAGCUGGAUCUUGUCACAGAGAACCCUGAUAAGCGAGCAAUCGAAGAGGCCGACGCCGAGGCCUACGCACGUGAAGCAGGCCUGCUUUUCUUCGAAACAUCUGCCAAGACCUCGACGAAUGUCAAGGAACUAUUCACCGCCAUCGCCAAGAAACUGCCUCUGGAUCAGGCCGGUCCUCGGAACAUGCGGGCGACUCCUCGGCCCGGCGUUGACUUGCGACCAGAGGCCCCUGGAACUCAGGGUGCCGGUGCGUGCAAUUGCUGA